CGGUCCACGUAGCUUUUCCUUUUAAAUCUUUCUCCGAAUAGAAGAAUCACAAACCAAUAUUAGUAAGUAGUAUACACUGGAGCUUGCAGAACGAGUUUUCAGAUAGAAGAAAUAAACAAUAUAAUGAUGAGCAAGAGGAAGACUUUUGCUCCUCCUAUUUUCAUCUUCUAUUGGCUUUUGAUGAUUUCCAUGAUUUUACCCCAACCCGCUCUCUGCAGUGGUGGGGGUAGAAUGAUUGGAGUGCAGCACAGGGAUUCGCCCUCUGCUGGCAGGGCAACUGGCGUAAGUUCUCCUCCUGCUAACUCUGCUCCUAGAGGCAGACCAAGCAUAACUUACCCGGUAUUAACGAGUCGGCCAAUCUGCCGUAGUAUUCGCUACUCGAAUUGCAUCAUCCGAGGCUCUAAUCGAAGUCGACCCUGUAGUUUUGCCAGUCGUUGCGUUCAGCACAGGCAACCCUGAACCCCCUACCUAGUAAUUAAUUGGGCAUCAGAAAAAUGGGGUUUUUAAUUUUAUGCUAGGAGGUGUGGCUGUUUAAUUUUUUUUUUUUCAAAAUAAUUUUUCCCCUUUUAGCACAACUUUUGGGUUUUUCAUACGGUUUUUUUCUUUUUAUAUGCCAUAAUAGCAGGUUUGUUUCUUGAGCACCGUAAUGAGGCAGAACAUGUUGAAGACAACGCCCGUACUUUUUGUAAUCGUAUAUCUUUGGAAAAUCUGUAUGUAUCCACCAACCAUCGUAUGCUAUA